CCGUGGAAACUUUUUUUAAACAGUGGACUGAACUACGCAGUCAGUAGUUCUUUAUCCGUCGCGAUGGCACUCAGGCUGUGCUGGUUGCUACUUCUCGUCGUUUGCUGCGGUGUCACCAACGCUUCAGAUGACGAGGUCCAGGUGUGCAGAGGACACUGUCGCUCAGUCGCCACGGCGCUGAUAUCGGAUCUCUCCGACAACUCAACAGAUACGGAGGAGUCAGCAGAAAGCAGACAUGGAAAUAGCAAAGCGGUUGUCCCACAUACUCCUAGCAACAGAGACCUCCUGCUGGGUUUGGAUGUCCACACUUUCUGCACAGUCCUUUGCAAGCGAAUGGAUGAAGACGAGGUAACGCUGGUGCCUUGCGUUCCUGAGGAGGGGUACAACGACGAUUCAGACAACGACGACGACGACUCCGAGUCAGAAAGCGACCAGGAGGACCGCCUGCGGAGGCGACAGCUGGUAAGGAGGCGGAAGAAGGUGGCGGGAAGGCGUGGCCCACACUCCAAGGCGGCCAGGGCUGCUCGCCGUCGUCAUACGGGCUGACGACACCGAUAAACUGAGCUCACGCACAUUCUCCUUGUAGCUAAACGCACACUUCGUGUCAUAAGGAGUUUAAAAAUAUGCAUUAACCUGCAAUAAAAAUUUAGACUGUUGAGUGCAAUGAA